AUGUUCAACCCAUAUAUGUUAAACAUCCCAGCUGUAAUUUUUAACAAUGGAUUGGGACUCUGCAAUGCAGACCUGUCUAGAGAGACUGUAUCCUAUCAUGUCAACAGUUCUGUUGUGAGGUAUCCUCAAUUUAACAUGCCUUUAACAAAACCCUUUCAGAAAAAGUAUGUUGUGGGGGGAAAUGCCUUAUAUAGGUAUGAGGCCUUGCAUAUGCACUACCCCAUUGAGCAUGGACUGGUAACAGGAUGGACUGACAUGGAGAAACACUGGAAAUAUAUCUUUGAGUGGGAACUUGGAGUAAAAUGCCAUCAACAGCCUCAUGACUGAUGAGUACUCAUGACUAAGCCCUCCUUGAACCCAAGAAAGACUCAAAAGAAGAUGGCGGAAGUAAUAUUUGAGACCUUCAAUGUGUCUGCCUUCUACCUGUCCAAUCAUGCAGUAGUGGCACUCUAUGUCUCUGCCUCUGUCACAGGCCUUGUGGUGCACAGUGGGGAAGGAGUCACUUGCACUGUCCCCAUAUUUGAGGGUUACUCCCUGCCUCAUUCUGAUACUUAGCUCCAUGUGGCAGGGAGGGACCUUACAGAGCACCUCACCCAGCUACUCCUUGCUAGUGGGAGUAGUUUUCCUUACAUACUCAACAAGGACUUAGUCAAUGACAUCAAAGAGAAGCCGUGCUAUGUGGCCUUGGAUCCAGAGAAAGAGCUAUUUAAGAGGUCAGAGGAAGUCUUGAGAAAAUACCAACUGCCAGAUAGGAAUGUUUUCAACAUUGGGGACUAGCUGCACCAGGUGCCUAAGAUUCUUUUCACACUUCACCAGCUGGGCAUCCAUAGCCCAGAACUCCCAAAUAUGGUUGCCAGCAGCAUUAUGAAGCAUGACACAGACAUCCAGAAGAAUAUGUUUGCAGAAAUUAUACUGUCUGGAGGCACCACUCUCUUUCCUGAGCUUGAGGAAAGACUUACGAAAGAACUGGAAGAGCUGGCUUCCAGAGGCAGUUCCAUCAAGACCACAGCUUUUCCUGAUAAGUGUUUCUCUGUGUGGAUACAUACAUCCAUCGUGACAUCUCUGAGCGGUUUCAAACAGAUGUGGAUCACUCCUGAAGAGUUCAUGGAGUUUGGGUCCUAUGUCAUUCAGAGAAGAUGCUUUUAA